UACGAUUCGGUCCCCGCCUUCACCCGACACGGCGCUCACGCUACAGGACAGCCCGGGGUUUAGCGCUGUCACAACAGGCCUGCUUCCGUCAGCUCUAUCGAAAACACAGUUAUUAAAUAAUAUUUCACAACCACACGAACCGUCCACGCAGCGAGUUCGUGUUUUUUCCCAAUACGGCUCCAGUGUACAGGGUGGACUGACCUGUCAUGAAUGAGCCCAUUGAAGGCGGUGCGAUCUCGUUCGACGAGUAUGUGCGGCAAAAAGCUCGCACUAUACCUCAGCACCGUAUGAAAGAGUUUCUGGAGUCUCUGGCUACCAAAGGCCCUGAGGUGCUGCAGGAAUUCAGCCAGCACACCAGUGGCACAACCACAACUAUGGUCUACCAGCAGGGUGCCAACUGUAUCUAUACAGACAGCACAGAGGUGGCAGGGUCAUUGCUGGAGCUUGCAUGUCCGCAGGUGCAAGUGACGUCCACACAGAUUUCCCCCCAGUUGGCUGCAGCUGUGCACCAAGCAUCAGAACAGCAGAUCCAAGUACAGGUGCAGAUUCAAGGGGAGCAGGGUCAAGUGCUUCAGGUUGCAUCGCCUACCCAGCAGCAGUUACAGGGUAUUACCACAACACAGCUGGUACAGCAGGGAGAACUUACAGAGGAACAGCACCAGCAGCUCCAGGCCCAGCUUGUGGCAGCAGUUGCAGGUGGUCAGCAGAUUCAGAUCCAGACAGUCGAGACUUUGUCGCCUCCACAGCAGCAGGGCUCCCCCAGAGAGGGGGAGAGAAGAUCAGGAUCCUCACCCGCCGUCCUUCAGCCAGCCAAGAAACGCAAGGUGGACGUCCCUACGGUUGUCUCCUACUCGCUGCCUCAAGGGCAGCAGCUAGCUACUGUACUGGCCAUCCCACAGGGCCAACAGCAAGGCUACCUGUCGCUUCGACCAGACCUGCUAACCGUCGAUAGCACUCACCUGUACAGCACCACCGGUACCAUCACAGGCCCAGCCGGAGAGACAUGGACCAUACCUGUAUACUCGGCCCCGCAGCAGCAAGGAGUGGCUCACAUCGCAAUCCCUCAGGAGGCCUACAGCACCGUGCAGGUACAGGCCUCGCCUGAUAAAGACAAGGAUAAGAUGAUAGGUGUAUCUCAGGCCGGGGCAGUGGCUGUUCCGGUGUCUGGCUCAGGACUGACCACGCAGGAGGAGGUUGUACAUUCGCUGUUCCCUGCGCAGUUUAUGAACGGAAACAUUCACAUCCCCGUAGCAGUGCAGACUGUUGGGGGUGCUUACUCGGGGACUACGCAGGCCCUGCACAUAUGGGAUCCACAACAACAGCAGCAUGUACAGGAUGGAGAUGCUCAGGAACAACAGCUCCACCUGCAGGCGCAUACAGAGGCGGAGCCACAGGUGGAACCUCCCCCUGAGCUGGUUCUCCCCAAUACACUGAAGCCCGAAGAAGGACUGGAAGUGUGGAGGCUCUGGGUCCAACGCAAAAAUGAUGAGCUGGAUAAAAGUGAACAAAACAAACUGGCACCUAUCGGACGUCGGCAGCCGCUGCGGUUUCAGGAUGAUGUGGUGUCGAGUUCAGUGGGAGAGCUGAACUUGGCUCUGUCCCUCAUGACUCAAGAGGCUCGUGGUCUGGAGGGGGAACAUUUCGAACCUGACUCGCUCUACUAUGUAUUUUUAUGUAUACAGAAAUACAUGUUCGAGAAUGGCAGGGUAGAUGAUAUCUUUUCAGAUCAGUACUACAGCCGGUUUUGUCAGUGUUUACACAAGAUCCUGGAGGAGUGGAGACCCAGCAUUCACCCUCUUGGCUACAUUAUCCCAAGUCAUGUGACUGAGGAGAUGCUGUGGGAGUGUAAGCAGCUUGGAGCUCAUUCUCCAUCCACUCUGCUUACUACACUCAUGUACUUCAACACCAAGUAUUUCCACCUGACUACAGUAGAGCAGCAUAUGAAAGUGGCCUUCUCCAAAGUGCUUAGACAUACUAAGAAGAACCCCACCAACCCUAAAGACAAGAACACCAGUAUCCGAUACCUGAAAGGAGUUGGGCCUCACCAUGUUGGACAGAAAGUGACAGACGACAUGUACGCAGAGCAAGCUGAGGAUCCCGAGAAUCCAUUGCGAUGCCCUAUCAAACUCUAUGACUUUUACCUCUUUAAAUGCCCUCAGACUGCCAAGGGUCGCAAUGACACGUAUUACCUGACGCCAGAGCCUGUGGUGGCACCAAACAGCCCUAUUUGGUACUCUACUCAGCCAAUCACAAGCGAGCAACUGGAGCACAUGCUCACACGCAUCAUGAUGGUGCGGGAAAUCCAGGAGAUAAUCUCCAUUGCGCAGGCCAGCAUACAUUGAGAGAUAAUGGAGGGAAAACAAAGCAAGAUGAAUUGAGAGCACCGUUGUCCCAAAACGCUCCCUCCUUUUCUCAAAGAGACUGAAUCAAGUUGCCUCUUCAGUUUCUCCUUAUAUCCAUCUAUAAUACCAGGAGAACAAAGAGGUUUUCAAUUAAAUGGACACUUAAGCCUUUUUUUUUUUUAGAUACAGAAUCCUAUUUCUAUGUUUGUUCGCCUAAUGACCAUUGAAACGUAUUGGCCCAGAUCCCAUGUUGUGUGCAUUUUCCCUCAUGCCGUGUAUGUUACGCUCCACCCCACUUGAACUGAAAGGAUCCAAUGGUUUUAAAAUCGCAAACUUAAGUCAUUUUUUGGCAAGCGACUGAUGGUAUACACUUAAACUAGUAUACAAACAUGGCCACAUCCACAAAUAUGUAACUCGACCCCUGCUCACCCCCAAAAGUUUGCAGUAGCCACAUACCCGAGGAGUGUAUUAUACAUGAGGACGUUUUGGUUCUGUUUUUAUUUUUUUUAUAUAAAUACAUGCAUCUAUGGUAACCUGAUAUGUAUUGAUAUUAUAGUGGUGCUGGAGAAUUGAAGCCUGUGUUUUCAAACAUGCCUUUUUGUACAGCGAA